UACGCGUGCACGGGUGCGUCGCGCGGUCACGCUGUUGGAUCUGCUGUCACGAGCCUUAUCCAAGCCGCGGAGUGGAGGCUGGAGAAUUAGAACGGACAUCAAUUAUACAGCACAUUUUAUUCAUCAAGUUUAGUACGACACAAAGAGAGCCGGGCUGUAAUUUCAUAUCGCUGGUUGGCUGUUUAGACUGUCUGCUGAGUUAUUCCGGUCAACCGGUGAUGUAUUCCAGUAUUUGAAUGAUAUUGCUAGCCAGCUAGCUAGCUAGCUGUUAAGCUAGCUCUACGGUGCUUGACUCGAAGUAACUUAACGUUAUAUUCUCGGACGCUGUUUUCAUUAACACACUUGACUGCAUUUACCAGAGAGACACCCACAUAGCUUUUGGUGUUAACUUUAGUGAAUUAUUAGUGUAGGUGUUGUGCGCGUCGCUUCUAAUCCAAGCUAAAUAAGGAUUGAAUGAAAUAACGUUAGCUUGCCAUAGCCAGCGGAAACGAGCCAGUUAACAGGGAUAACGUUAACUUAUCCUGCUGCUGCUUGAUCCACCGCCAUCCAGCUAAUCUAGCAAAUGCUAUCCGCGCUAGCCACCCACAAGCACACUGUUAUCUUGGUAGGUUAAAGUCAAUCAUAAAGUUGUAGUGAACGUCAGGAACUGCGAAGUAGCUAGCUACCAUUAAACGUCAAGUUGGCCAUCUUCCACUCCAGUCCAGUGUAAAAAACUGACCGACGUCAGUUCGUUUUUACGGAUAAGGCCGGAGUGAGGACAGAAACCUGCAAACAUGCCGGCUGUGUCGAAAGGAGAUGGAAUGCGCGGAUUAGCCGUUUUCAUUUCGGACAUAAGAAACUGUAAGAGCAAGGAAGCCGAGAUCAAGCGGAUCAAUAAAGAGCUGGCCAACAUUCGCUCCAAGUUUAAAGGAGACAAGGCUCUGGAUGGCUACAGCAAGAAGAAAUACGUGUGCAAGCUGCUCUUCAUCUUCCUGCUCGGCCAUGACAUAGACUUUGGACACAUGGAGGCAGUCAACCUGCUGAGCUCCAACAAGUACACAGAGAAACAGAUUGGCUACCUAUUCAUCUCAGUACUGGUGAACAGCAACAGCGAGCUGAUUCGUCUGAUCAACAACGCCAUCAAGAAUGACCUGUCCAGCCGCAACCCCACCUUCAUGUGCCUGGCACUUCACUGUAUCGCAAAUGUGGGAAGCCGUGAGAUGGCUGAAGCCUUUGCCAGUGAGAUCCCUCGCAUCCUGGUUGCUGGAGACACCAUGGACAGUGUGAAACAGUCAGCAGCCCUGUGUCUGCUGCGACUCUAUAAGACCUCUCCUGACCUGGUGCUGAUGGGUGAGUGGACAUCACGCGUGGUGCACCUGCUCAACGACCAGCACAUGGGUGUGGUGACAGCAGCCAUCUCGCUCAUCACCUGUCUGAGCCAGAAGAAUCCUGAUGAGUUCAAGACCUGCGUUUCCCUGGCUGUUUCCCGACUGAGUAGGAUUGUGUCCUCGGCCUCCACUGACUUACAGGAUUAUACCUACUACUUUGUGCCGGCACCGUGGCUCUCCUGCAAGCUGCUGCGCCUGCUGCAGUGCUACCCUCCACCAGAGGAUGGCGCUGUCAAGGGCCGUUUGGUAGAGUGUCUGGAGACCAUCCUCAAUAAGGCCCAGGAACCGCCAAAGUCCAAGAAGGUGCAGCACUCCAAUGCCAAGAAUGCUAUCUUGUUUGAGGCCAUCUCACUGAUAAUCCACUAUGACAGUGAGCCAAACCUGCUGGUGAGAGCCUGUAAUCAGCUGGGCCAGUUCCUGCAGCACAGAGAGACUAACCUGCGCUACCUGGCUCUGGAGAGCAUGUGUACUCUGGCCAGCUCUGAGUUUUCCCAUGAAGCCGUCAAGACGCACAUCGAGACCGUCAUCAACGCCCUCAAGACUGAGAGGGAUGUGAGUGUUCGACAGAGGGCGGCUGAUCUGCUGUAUGCCAUGUGUGAUCGCAGCAAUGCCAAGCAGAUUGUAGCAGAGAUGCUCAGCUACCUUGAGACGGCAGACUACUCCAUCAGAGAGGAGAUGGUGCUGAAAGUGGCCAUACUCGCAGAGAAGUAUGCUGUGGAUUACUCGUGGUAUGUGGACACCAUUCUUAACCUCAUCCGCAUUGCUGGAGACUACGUCAGCGAAGAGGUUUGGUAUCGCGUCAUUCAGAUCGUCAUCAACCGAGACGAUGUGCAAGGCUACGCCGCCAAGACAGUUUUUGAGGCCCUGCAGGCCCCUGCCUGCCAUGAGAACAUGGUGAAGGUUGGAGGCUACAUUCUGGGCGAGUUUGGUAACCUCAUUGCUGGUGACCCACGGUCCAGCCCCCUGGUCCAGUUCAACCUUCUCCACUCCAAGUUCCACCUGUGCUCGGUGCCGACUCGCGCCCUGCUGCUCUCCGCUUACAUCAAGUUUAUCAACCUGUUCCCAGAGACCAAGGCCACUAUCCAGGAGGUGCUGCGCUGUGACAGCCAGAUCCGCAACUCAGAUGUGGAGCUGCAGCAGCGUGCUGUGGAGUAUCUGAAGCUUUCAUCCAUCGCUAGCACCGAUGUCCUGGCCACGGUCCUGGAGGAGAUGCCUCCCUUCCCAGAGAGGGAGUCAUCAAUCCUGGCUAAGCUGAAGAAGAAGAAGGGGCCUGGUGCUGUGUCCGUCACAGAACUGGAAGACAGCAAAAGGGAGGGUGGAGAGUUGAAUGGAGGGGGUGACCGGGGGCCCGACACAGCAGCCAUGGCUGCCUCCAACGCAUCUACCCCGUCACCAUCAGCAGACCUGCUUGGGAUUCGCUCUGCCGCUCCCGUUGGUGCUGCUCCAGCCAGUGCUGGCAGCCUAUUGGUGGAUGUGUUCUCUGAGGCAGGUCCCGCUGCACCCUCUGCUGCUGUGAACGACGACGGCUUCCUAAGAGAGCUGGAACAGCCCACAGAGACCUCUGACUCCCUAUUGGUGGAGGGUUCUGGUGACUCGGACUCUGCUCCUCCCUCUGAGGAUCCUGCUCCUCCCCUGUCUGAGGCAGACGAACUUCUUAACAAAUUUGUGUGCAAGAACAACGGAGUUCUGUUUGAAAAUCAGCUGCUACAGAUCGGCAUCAAGUCAGAGUAUCGUCAGAAUCUGGGGAGAAUGUACUUAUUCUACGGUAAUAAGACAUCAGUGCAGUUUGCCAGCUUCACCACCACAGUCAGCUGUCCUGGAGAGCUGCAGUCUCAGCUCAACGUUCAGACCAAACCAGUGGAACCGCUGGUCGAGGGUGGAGCUCAGAUCCAACAGGUCCUCAACAUCGAGUGUCUGACUGACUUCUCUGAUGCCCCACUGCUCAACAUCAAGUUUAGGUAUGGUGGUGCGCUGCAGAACCUGACCCUGAAGCUGCCUGUCACCAUCAAUAAGUUCUUCCAGCCCACUGAGAUGUCCUCACAUGACUUCUUCCAGCGCUGGAAACAGCUUAGCCAGCCUCAGCAAGAAGCACAAAAGAUCUUUAAGGCUAACCACAGCAUGGACACUGAGGUACUGAAGGCUAAGCUACUGGGACUAGGAACGGCCCUGCUGGACAACGUCGAUCCAAACCCAGAGAACUACGUGUGUGCUGGAGUGAUCCAGACCAAGGGUCAGCAGGUCGGCUGUCUGCUAAGACUGGAGCCAAACGCCCAGGCACAGAUGUACCGUCUGACUCUGCGCUGCAGCAAGGACUCAGUGUCCAGGCGUCUCUGCGAGCUGCUGGCUGAACAGUUCUAGAGUCCACACCUCUACCGUAAGCAGUACUCCCACCAUCCCCACCAGCGAGCUGUCCCUGGAGUCCUCCUGCCGCACCUCUCCUCCUCCCUCCAACAGAGUCUUUGAGUAAAAAAAGGUGUAACCUACAUAAGGGAAAAAGCAGCCACUGCUGACGGCAGCGGCAGAUAUUAUUGUCAUUCUUCUUGUCCCAGAUUCUGAUUCCAGUUCAUCUUCUACUUGUUUAUUAACAUGAUGCUACAUUCUUGUUUUUGUUGGUGUUUACCUGUGUAGCUGGUGCCUGCGUGGCCAGGAGUGUGUGUGUGUGUGUGUGUGUGUGUGUGUGUGUGUGUGUGUGGGUGUGUGUGUGUGUGUGUGUGUGUGUGUGUGUGUGUGUGUGUGUGUGUGUGUGUGUGUGUGUUUUUGUGUCCCAUGGUUGCGCUGGGGUCCCAUUCUGCUCCAUCCUGACUGCUCUGUAGUACUGAUGCUGUAUGUGUGUAUGUGUGGGUUUGAGAGAGACUUAGUUUAGAUUGGAAGAGCAAUGGGUAAAGCUGUUUAUUGCACACAUACCCUCACACACACACACACACACACACACACACGUCUAAGGCCUCCAUGUGGGAUCCACUAAUGAAGUGAGACCUGAGGGUCCAGAUCUCUGCCUCUCCUGCCCACUCAUUUCCAUCAAGCAUUCCUAGUGAAACUGCACUUAAGGCUCUGGGAUGGUCUGUGGACCCUCCAGCAGGAGCCGCCUAACGUUCCUCCUGACUGAGCUGACCGCUCUGCUGAAGGCCUGGAGGGGGUAGCCUUCCAUUUCAAACAACUAGUCCACUUGUUCUUGUUAUUGAUGUGUAUGUAAAUAUGUGCCAGUGUAUUCUUUAUUGCUUUCUGAGACAUUCCCAUCAUGCUUGUGUAGAACACAUGUGACUAACUCAAGCCACUCAAGUAGAGGGAUGGCACUGAGUGGACGCUGUAGAUGUGGGGAUGAGACCUCAUCCACUGCCUGUAAGUUUGCUUCGUCUGUGAGCUGCUCGCUGAGGAUGUUUGCACUUUGCAAGUCAACCACAGAGUUCUUCAUCGCUGUAGUGUUUUUCUCUGGUAAAGCUGGAACACUUUUUAAAAACACCUCUGAUAAAUCAUAAAUCUCACCUUUGUGCAGUUUGUUCAAGGAUGUUUGCGACUUCAUCUUGCCCAAAGGUGAGAUCUGCUGUUUAUUGUGAGCAUAUUCAGGCAGCGUGCUUUAAUUUGAUAUGAGGGAAGACUUCAGUGAUAAGAACUCGCUGGAUAUUUGCAAGCAGUGCACAGCUGCUGGGACUGUGGAUGGGACAGACCCAUAUGGGGAUGACUGUUAGGCUAUGGCGGUAUCUAAUUUUUUGUAUCUUCCUAAAAUUGUACUGGGAUAAGGUAUAUGAUGGUAUAAGUGCACAGAUAUUGAGUGUGCUACUUACUUUCCGCUUUUCAGACUAAUAAAUGCACAACAGAAACCCACAAAAUGUUAGGAAAAGUAAUAUUCUCACAGCUGUUUUCCUCAUUAAACAGAAAUUUAAGUGUAGAACUUUUGAACUCAACUCUCUCUCGGUCACAGAAGACCGAUUAGGCUUAAUUGCCUUGUUAACUCAUCAUAAAAUACACUUCAUUUAAACUCAAAAAACAAAAUAAAACCAA